AUGUCCGUCAAGUUCCAAGAAGAGGCCGUCCGCGCCGUCACAACUGUCGCGGGCGAUGGCAAAUCCGAGGAUCUCGUACACCGUGUCGGUGAGCGAUUGACCGGUGGGAAGUCCGCGAAGGGCUAUCUCCAGGCCUACCUGCUCCAGCUCCAGAAGAACCCGUUGCGCACGAAGAUGCUCACCUCCGGUGUGCUCUCCGGUAUGCAAGAACUGCUGGCCUCAUGGAUCGCCCACGAUGUCGGCAAGCACGGCCACUACUUCAGCUCGCGCAUCCCCAAGAUGUCACUGUACGGCAUGUUCGUCAGCGCGCCCCUCGGCCACCUCCUCAUCGGUAUUCUCCAGCGGAUCUUCGCCGGCCGCACAAGUCUCAAGGCCAAGAUUUUCCAGAUUCUCAUGAGCAAUCUGCUCGUCGCUCCCAUCCAGAAUACCGUCUACCUGAGCUCUAUGGCCGUUAUCGCCGGUGCGCGCACCAUCCACCAGGUUCGCGCUACCGUUAAGGCUGGCUUCAUGCCCGUCAUGAAGGUCAGCUGGGUCACCUCGCCCCUGGCCUUGGCCUUCGCUCAGAAGUUCCUGCCCGAGCACGCGUGGGUGCCAUUCUUCAACAUCAUCGGUUUCAUCAUCGGUACCUAUGUCAACACCCACACCAAGAAGAAGCGCCUGGAGGCUCUCCGCAAGCGUUACGAUCAGCGCCGCGACCCCGCCUUCGAGAAGCGCGACUACCCUUAA